CGCGGUUACCAUGGCAAACGCUUGAUGUUGUCGGUUCUCUCGCGUUUCCGACAGUACGUGAAGGCAGCACGGGGGGCAUUGAAGUAGCCUCUCCAGCAAAAAAAAAAGAAAAGAAAAAGUUACAUUUGAUCAGUUAAACGUUGUUUUAACGUUUGUGCUGACGGUUUAUCGCGUCGUUUAGACAACAGAGACUCAACGUGAAGACUUUGUGUUGUUUACUUCAGCUCUUUGGUCAAUGUAACCAGAGAUAAACCUCCAACUGAAAUCUGGGAGAGCCAGUGGAGAGCAGAUUGUAUGGAUGCAGAUGAGGCACGAUGCUAGCCUGCUAACGAGCUGCUAAGGAAAUGGUGAACGUCGACAUUACCCACUGAAGAACAGCAACAGGAAGUCGAUCUACUGACAUGGAGGGCAACGGAGAGAUCAGUGACACCGACAGCGGCAUCAUCCUUCACUCAGGCUCUGACAGCCCGACCACUCACACAAAGGAUGUGACCACACACACACGGGCCAUGAAGCUCAAACACCAGGCUCUCCAAGACCGACUGGAGAUCUGCAUACUGGAGCUGAAGAAACUCUGCAUCCGAGAAGCCGAGUUGACAGGCCGACUGCCAGAUGAUUACCCGCUACUGCCAGGAGAGAAGCCUCCGCAGAUUCGCAGACGUAUCGGAGCUGCGUUUAAACUGGACGAACAAAGCAUCCCUCAAGGAGCGGAGGAGUCAGAACUGAGCUUGGUGGACGCCGAGCUGGCACUUCAGAUGAAGAUAUUCGAGGCAGCGCGCAAACUCUGCGAUGAGCAUCACCUGAGUAAAGCCGUCAGAAAGAGCCGGAUACAGCAGUGCAAGAGAGAGGAGAACAAACUCAAGACGCUGCAAGAGUCUGCCUUUCAGCUGCGCCUGGAGCACGGCCGAUCAUCACCACUCCCUGCUUUUAAUAUUGCACAACAAGAUUUUGGUACGUCUGAUGACAGCUCGCUGUCUGAUUCUGUAGUGCAGGAUGAAGAGGUCACAAGCCAGUGUUCACAGCUGUCCUCAGGACUCCCCUACCCAGGAGAGACUGACCCUCCCCAGCCUCCCCCUGUGUCCUCACAGUCUUUCGUAAACGCCUCCUACUUGUCUCCAAUUGUGGCUCCACAAGCCCUGCCGCUGACCCCAUGCCAGUCCCCCCAUCCGAGCAUCGACUCAACAAUGAGUUUAACCUCGAGCCCUGCGUACGACCCUCCUCCCAUCCAGCACUCCCCGUGGACGGAGUCUAGUCUUGACCAACCUUACCAGAAGAGCAAGAAGUCGCGCUCCAAGACAAGCAGUCCAGCCAAGAGUGAGUUGUUGCCGCCGUUGGAGGCUUGCUUAGCACAGUCUGCUCUGCCAGUGCAACUCUCCCAUCUGAAGCUGAGCCGCACCCAGUCGAGCAGCACACCCUCCACGCCAGAGAUGCGUGUGCACAGACAUCUGUCCCUCAGGUUAUCCAACCCUGAAUCUCCAUUUGAAAAGGACCGCGGACGCACCAGAGGUCCAAGGAGGCGACUGACAGAAUACGCGAUAACUUUACCGGAGACCCCCCCUCCUGGGGUGAAUUAUGGAAACCUUGCUAGCUCUGAAGACAGCAACUCUGAACACUCAUUUUCAUCCUACAACAGCUCACCAUGUCAGGAGUUUCCCUGUGAUUUGCCAAAGCAAUAUCAGCCUGCAUUCCCGCCCUCAGUUGGCAACUAUGGACCUCAAGGCUUCCCACGCACUGGCUUUUACCAUAAUCCCAGGCACCAGUCCAGUCCCAGUUUUCACAAAGCCUAUUAUAAUGAAGAAAUGGUCUACCCACCUGAUCAAGACUUGGCUCAGAGCUAUUACGCCCAGCAGGCUCCCUCUCCUUCCAGCAGAUAUGAGUAUUGGUAUAAAGACCCCGCUGUGCCUCACCAGAGAGCACAGAGGCCUUUGGUUCCUGAAAUCAGACUCUCCCCCUCCCCGACUCAAUGGGACCAUCCACACUACCGCUCCGGUGGUCUCCCGCAACAAGUAGUGAAUGAACAACUCAAGUCAUGGCACCGGCGCAGCCAGCUCAAAGCCCCGAGGUCCCGAUCUCUGGACAGGCAGGGAGCAGUCCGAGUUAAAAGCGUCACAGCUCGGGAGUCGACCGGCUACCAAACUCAGAAGUGCCACGAACAGGUUAUCCAAAGAAGAACUCUCCAAAGAGCUGCAGAUGACGCUCAAGGGCACUGGAUGGUAGAUGAUGGCUCUCACUAUGUAAGUCAAGUGUGACCCAAAGCCACCUGAACAUGGACCAUGCUGAACAUGUUAACUGCAGCUGCAUUCAUUCCCGGUUAACCAAAGUUAAGUAGUUUUGGGGGAGAAAUCAAGUCAGAUUAACUGUUGUCCAUGAGCAAAGUUCACAGCGUCCUGUUUACCUGCCUGCAUGUCGGAUCUGUAGAGGGCGGGAUGGAAAAAAAACUGGAAUCUCUGACAGUGUGAUGGAGUCAGACAAAACCACAAACUACGGCCUGAAUCAAACUGACGCAGUCACAGUGAAGCUGAUUGCAGAGCAGAGUUAAAACUAGCUGUCGCUUUUGUCUUGUUUUGUACUCGGAGUUACAAAUGUGGUACUGAACUAAAUGCUUGUUAAAUGUCAUGAACUGAAAAGGGGACAAAUUAUUUUUAUCACCGAGCGCUGUUUUAACCUGCAGCUGCGGUUUGCAAACGAGUUGUCCCGGAAAUCUGCUGCCAGCACCAAACAGGUUAUUUAGUUUCUCAACAGAUUUUAUCACCGUUGUAGAGUUUCUGUGUCGCGACAUACAGGAUCAUCUUGAUAUUUGAUAUCCUAAGCAGUUAGAAAUGAAAAUGGCAUUUGGCAGCUGAGCGGUUGGAGACGACAGGAACGCAGAAAUAUCCACAGAAUUGCACAUUUUAGGUUUAGAUCAUGAGAGUCGUCAGUGUUUAAAAUAACUAACAAUCAGGCCAAUGCCGAAGCUUAUGGUACUUAAUCACACAACACAGAGCUGCAUUAGAUGGCUGGCUGUAGCCAAAACACACUACUAAAUACCACUAAUUUAUGUAAUUAACUUUUUGCAGUUUAGAUGUUGAAGUGCUUCUUUCACCUAGCUGUCUGAAGGAAAUGAAUUCAUUGUAAAAUAAUGUAAAUGAGCAGCAUAUUCUUUCUUUUUCUUUUUUUUAAACUACAAUUCAUGUAUAAUGUUUCCUUAAUUGAGUCACCGUGUUAAUGAACUUGAGCUGCUUAACUUUGAGAUUGAUCAAAUGUGUCUUGUUUUUAUACUUACACGUGUCUGUGGCUGUGCCAGUUAACUUGAAUUACUAACGGACUUAAUCAACUAGCUGAAACUAGAUAUUAACGUAAUCACGUGACGUAUAAGGUAGCAAAUUGAGACAGUGCUUGGCAGCUAUUGAGGUUUAAAAUGUCCUGAGCGUGAACAUAAUCUUUGAGUGUCUGCGUCUGUGCACGAGUGUCCGAGACGGCAGAUCACGAGCCAACGAUUCAAACUGUCGAGGUGAACUGUGUUCAAAACAUUUCCCAUGUGUGAUUCACAAGCUUUUAGAUCAUUUGAGGGUGGGAGAAAAUUACUGCAAAUUCAACCACAGCUACACACUGACGGGUCUCUCACAGUGAUCUAUUUAUGUGUUAAUUUAUUGAGGUUUGCACCAUCGGACUCAUGGAACUUGAAAUAAAAGAAGAUGUGGACCUGAGUUUGCAGAAUCUAGCAGCAGUAAAGACAAAACAAAACAAAAAAAACAAUCAUGUUACCUUGUGUGCCUCUUUUUUACUGUCUUUUUUAUUUUUAUUUAUCAGUUAAAGUAGUUUAAGUGGACCUAAUAAUACUGUGUUAUGUUGCUGUUGAAAAAAUCUGUGAAAAUGUUUUCCCUGUGGAAGAAAAUAAAGAGUAAUGUUGUAUCAUG